CUUGUAUGUGCUGGCAGGGUCUCUUCUCAUGCCAACCGUCUUUUCGCAUUCUUCCCACCACGCUGACAAGAGCUCCUCACGUGGCGCUGAUGUCUGAUACUUCUGAAGUCCACUUCUACUCAAAUGUUCCAUCCCUGCCAGGAAUAGGUACGCGGGCUGCCACUCGCUGUGCGGAGCCUACAGACCUGCGCCAGUUGAAGACAACUUUGCUAAACGAGCGGCUCCCGGCUCUCAAACCGAUUAUCGACUGCAAGCUCAUAAAUGUGGGGCAGAGACACGCAAACUGCGACGAGUUUAUGGACCGCGAGCCCAGCGGCCCGAUUCUCCAACUCUUCGGGCGAGGGCGCACCCCUCCUUGGCGCAGAGCUAAGCAUGGAUCCUUUGCGCCGCAAGUGCCUGCGCCGCCCGCCCUGGAGCCUGUCCGAGGAAAUCACGUUUGUCCAUCAGCACGCGGUGUUGGGCAACGCCUGGGCCAGGCUUGCGGCACAUCUGCCCCAGCGGGAUUCGUCAGAAGUAAAGAACAUUUUCUACAGCACCACUCGCAGCAAGGGAGGCAACAACCGCCGAGUGCUCAGCACCUAUGCACGCGCCGUGCAGGGCCGUGAGGACCAGCCGGAAAGCCGUGUGGCGGCGCUGGCGGCAGCGCUAGCUGAAGUGCCGGCGUGCGUGGCCACGGCCCAGGCCGCGCGUGUUGAUGGCUGGGAGGAAGCGGCACAAGCCGCCGAGGACGCGGCACGACAACUGCGGCAGCUGCAACAGGCAGCCACAGGCCUGGGCUCCGCUGCUAAUCAGCAGGCGAGUUACUCCCCAGUGGUGGUAGCCGCAGCAGCAGCACAAGCUGUGCCGGCACAGUUGCCCGUGCGCGACGGCAGCUCUGGCCAACAGCCGUAUCAGCCCCGGAAGCAGUCGCCGGAGCCGCUGGCCGGUGCGGCUGCAGUGCAGACGCCUGCUGCUGCUGCCGACUUUCCACAGCGCAAGCAGCCGUCGCCACAACCUAUGCCGGCGCUCUAUCUUGACGCGAGCCCCAAUCGCGGCCUGCAUGUACCGCUGCUGCGGCUUGGUCGCGACAACAACAGCCACAUCGCCAGGACGGCUGCUGGUGGCCUAGCCGAGCCUGCAUAUGACGAAGGCCCCAACAGCAAUGACAGCAGCAUCGCCAACAACCUCAGCCUGAGCGCCGUUCCCAGCAGCCUCGGCGUGCCGACUAUGCCGGCGCGGCGAGUGCAGGCAGACAUGAGCAGCUUAGUGUAUACGGAUAGUGGCGGCGGAAACGGCAGCACCCAGGUCGCAGUCCCCAGCAGCGGCAGCGCUGACGGCGUCGCGGACUCUACUGCCGAUCACGGACUGUUGCUGCUGCUGGCAGCGGCGGAGGGCGCCGCCGGCGCCGCUGCUGGCCCCACGCAAGGCUUCAUUGCUCCUGCCGUCGGCCGUCGGCCCGUUGAGGCCGCAGCAGCACAGGCGGCGCUGCCGAGCAUUGGCAGCGGCGGCAGCGACAGCGCAGACAGGAUCGCACGGCGUCUGCAGGAGCUGGAGGAAGGUGUGUUCGGCGCUAUGGGGUCUGACCUCGCUUGGGGGAGCGCCGCGGCACCUGCCGCAGAAAGCCGGCGGGCGCGGGAGUGGGACGAGCUGACCGCUGCAAAGCGCCAGCGGGUUGCGUCUUGUGACGGCGCGAAUGCGCCUGUGUUUCCGGCUGCCGGUGCUGGCGAGAUUGAUGGGAGCAGCAUCCGUUGCAGCGAGGUCACGGCGGCCGAUGUGUCCGCCAUAGCCGCACGGCUGCGGCAGUUGACAGCAGGAGACGGCCUUGCAGCUGCCCACCUGCUGUUACAGCAGCUGCUGCAGCCGCAGACCGGGGCUGCUGCCGCGACAGGCGGCGGCGGUUACAGCAAUGGCCGCGGUGAGGCAGGGCAAAUGCUCGGGAGCGGUGUAUAUGGCGUGGCCUCGAGCUGGACGCAGCAGCAGCCUCCUCAGCCCCAGCAGCCGCCUCUGCAUGUUCGGCCACUCGAUGGGCGCGGUGGCAAUGACUGGCGAGUGUCGCUCCACGGGUACGGUGGUGCCGGCACUGGACCGCAAGGGGCCUCGCCUGCUCCCAUGUCUGAGCCGCUGCUGUCCCUUCGAUGGUGUUCGCGCACCGCCGCAAACAAUGGUGCUAGUGGUGGCGGCAGCUCUGCGGCAGUUGCCGCGGUUGGCGGCCAUGGAGGAGUCGCAGCUGCAGCAGGCGCGCUGCAGCCCCCAGCGGCGGCGGCAGCGGCAACUGAGCGGCUGGGCGGGCGAAGCCUGUACGCGGCCGAGCGCCAGCAGGUGACACAGGCGGCGGCGGCCGCGGCGGCGGCGGCAGUGCUCGCGCGCUACGGCCGCGCCAGCGCGCCAGCGUACGCGUGCAAGCAGUAGCAAGUAAUGUUGCUGGUGGUAAAUGCCUGAACGCAGGCGGAUGUACGGCGGCGGCCGUUGUACUUUUACGUAAGGACGUCGGGUAUCAAAGCUAAUGAAUAAGCAUGGGGUGGCGCUUUAAAAAGGUUCUGGUUUUGACGCUGUGCAAUGCAACACUGCUUAACGUGUUACACAAGAGUGAGCGGGCCAUGACGUUGUUGUAUGUGUGGCGUCUAUGUGCUCGUCACUGCCACCGUGAAUGUUACCCUAUGCUUGUGGGGACGUCCGGUGGCGAUGGCAUUUACGCUUUGCGCUGCUCAACGGGUACCGUGUGCACAACAAGAAACCACGGGGGUUCAAGAAACAAAGGGCAACUGUUUGCCUGUCUUACCUGUGUUACGAAAGAUGGUGGUCGGUACUCGAGGGAAUGAGGGAGAAGUGGUAAGAUUGCAAUGCAUUGUUUGCAGCAAAGCGAGCGAAGCUCGAAGCAUAUUACAGCGUUGGUUAUCCAUGUGGAUGGGGACGCCAUCAUCACCCCUAUUUAUGAGGGGGCCGCUGAGCGCAAGCCGCACACGCACACCGCGUGUAUUUCCUAAGCUGCGGACUAUGAUGACUUGAUUCAAGGGGAACAGACUCAUGUUGCGUAUUGCAGAGGCAGGGGUCGUUGUGGCGUGAAUGAAGCGCGGGCGGGGCGGGUCUCUCGGGCCCCUCUCGUGCGAAGCCUCGGAGUUGCUCUGUAAUGUGGG